CACAGAGCAGAAGCGUGGCGUGGAAUGAGCUUUGAAUCCCGGGCGGUAGCCGCCAGGAAGUCUGCGUCUGCUUGGGAGCGACGUCUCUCGCUUUCCCUUUCGUGUGCGCUGUGUGUAAAUGACGCUCUCCGCACUCUCUCCUCACCAGUCACACCCCCGGUUGCUCAAACAUGCACGGCCCAUCGCUUGGUCCACACCUUUUCCAUUCCCCAAACCAAACCGAUUGCGCUGAGCGAUUAGACUGUAGUCCUUUUUGUUGGUGGAGAGCAUGGAGGAGGAGGAGGAGGCAACUGACGCGCUCUGAUCGGAUGGCGUGUCGGAUUGGAGCAGUCGAGCUUGGAGGAUUUCAAGUCCCUCUGGAAGGGAUCAAACGCGGCGCCUGCUCAGUGGUUCGUGGGGAGCUCUAGUGUCAGUCAGUGUUCUUGGCGCCUGCCUCAUAUAUGUUCCCCUGAUUCAGAUCUUGCUUUAAGUUGCUACUCCGCCGUACUGCGUUCUGGGUUCCGUUUGACUUGAGAUUCUGAGGAGAUGGAUGAGGAAGACUACUCGUGGGUGCGGCGCACCAGAUUCUCGCAAUCUAUCGUCAGGUCCAGCUCCGGCAGGGAGCGGUUGGGUGCGUUCGCUGAGCAGUUCAGUCUUGGCACUGAACUGAGGCAAAAUAGAUUCGGGAUAGGGCGCAAUCUUCCUCGCCAGAAUCUACAGAUCAUAGCAAAGGGAUCCGUGAUCUCGCACCCAGCAAGGCUGCCGAUCCCGAGGGCGAAAUCAGCAGCUUCUCAGUCAGAACGGAAGCUGAAGCAUACGUCUUCAGAUGGUCAACUGAACCAAGAGAGGAGAACUAGUGAUCGCUCAAGGCAAGAAGCAUCGGCGAAGCAGGACCGGCAGGGAAACGGACUGAGCUUCGACAUUCCCCAGCGGCAUGUGGUUCGGACACCCGAGGAUGAGAGCCCAGACGCGCUGGAAUUCUCUUUCCACUCCGAUGAGCAAAGCUUGAGGCUUCAGAGAGUGUGCUCCAGCCCAGCUCCUUUCUAUUUACAGGAUGCAACAGCACCAAUUGAUGAUUCCAUAAUGCGAAUUGCAUCUGUGAAGGUCACGGGAGAGGUGUUGGAGCCGCCGCCGAAGCCGAAGCGCAGAUCAAAGUCCCCCAUCCCCACGCGUGUCAUCUCCGACGUUUUCAAGGAGGCGAAGGCUGCCACCAAGAGGUUCUCCAGCCCGCAGCGGCAGAGGAAGCCCAGCUCGCCACGGUCACUGGAUGACAGCCCACCCUUUGGCUUCGCUUCGCUGAGAACACCGAGCAAACUGAAAAUUGCUAGGAGGACCUCCUCCUGGCCAACAAGGAACCUUGACAAUGAGAUGACAAAGGUUGCUGCACUGGAGAUACUUGAGAGAUGGACGGUCGACCGCUCGCAGUUGCUCAUUGGCCAUAGAUUUGCGUCGGGGGCCUAUAGUCGUUUGUUCCAUGGGAUCUAUAAGGAGGAGCCUGUUGCUGUGAAGUUUAUCAGGCAGCCUGAUGAUGGUGAGGAUGAAGAGUUGUCUUCUCGACUUCAGAAGCAGUUCACUGCAGAAGUUACCAUUCUUGCAAGGCUCCAACACCGUAAUGUCAUUAAACUUGUCGGAGCAUGUAAUUGUCCACCGGUCUUUUGUGUCAUCACUGAGUUCCUGUCUGGGGGUUCUUUGAGGGCUUUCUUGCGCAAGCUGGAGCGUAAAACUCUUCCCUUGGAGAAGGUCAUUUCUAUUGCUUUGGAUAUUGUGCGCGGCCUGGAAUACAUUCAUUCGCAAGGAAUUAUCCACCGUGAUGUGAAACCUGAGAACAUUUUAUUUGAUGGAGAACUCUGUGCUAAGGUCGUCGAUUUUGGAGUGGCCUGUGAAGAAGCAUACUGCAAUAUAUUGGAGGAUGACCCGGGUACUUAUAGAUGGAUGGCACCAGAGAUGUAUAAGCACAAGCCAUAUGGUCGGAAGGUUGAUGUUUAUAGCUUUGGACUUCUCUUGUGGGAAUUAGUUACCGGAACAAUCCCUUAUGAAGAUAUGACUCCGAUCCAAGCUGCUUUUGCAGUAGUUAAUAAGAACUUGAGACCGGUUAUACCUUCGAGCUGCCCGGCACCACUACAACUUCUGAUUGUGCAAUGUUGGUCCUCUCAACCAGAGAAGAGGCCUGAGUUUCGGCAGAUAGUUCAAAUCCUUGAAAAUCUGAAGACAGUUCUUGAUAGAGAUGGAACACUCGACAAGAUCCCAAGCUCCAUCUGCCAGGCCCAGGAAUGCAACGAUCAAAGUAAGAAGAAGCUUGCCAACUGGAUCCAGAAGCUCUCAUACAGUCCACCUGAUUUCUCCGGUCCUCCGCCCCCAAAAUUAUUGUAAUUAUGUGUCUUCUUGUUCUUGUCUAGUAGUGUGUUGUUUUGUAGAUAGCAACUCUGUAAAAUGAUUUCUUCUUCCUUUUUCUGUUGAGAGAUCAGAAGUUUCUUCAUGGUAUAUACUCGGGAACAGUACAGACAUUUUUAGGGAACACAAUAAACAGUUUGGCUAGCUUAACA